CACUAAGGUUCCGUUUCGUUCUUUCUCUUAGCCAUGGAGGCUGAGCGCAGCGGGACGGGUCCAGUCUGGGUGUCCGAAGCCCUGCGGGCCCUAGGUGCUGCACUGGAGGGCUCCCGUGCGCCACCUACCGCCUGGUUCAAAGAAAGCAGCCAGAAGAACCUGAGGAGCAGAGAUUUCCUGGCACCCCGAGGAGCGCUGCAGAAAAGCUUCCCGGAUGGAGAGGUGCCUGAAGAACUUCUGCAAAAAUUGAUGUCCAUAAAUGUCUCGGGCGUCCCGCCUAUAAAGAGGUGCCAGCAGACUGAAGCCGGACUCGUCGUGCAGUUGGACAGGCCGGCUGUUUUCCAUCGGGUCCUCAGAGACUUUACUCCGUAUCUGAGACCCGCUCCCUCCGUAACGGACAGCGCGCAGAAUAUUAUUCUUCUGAAUUGCUCUCCAUUGCAGGCCUGCCGCAGCCUGGACACCAUUAAACUCAGCCAUCUGAGGGCCGUGUUGAUAGCAGAUCAUCUGGCUGAGGUGCUCAGAUCGAGAGGGGAACAGGUACAUCUGGUUCCGGCAGGCCACAGCGAAGAGGUUGCAGCAUUUUUAUACCAGCUAGGGGUCUCCUGGCCUCGUACUGAAGAAGCGGACAUUCUAGAGAAGACUAUUUCAGGUUAUGAAGACUAUCUGAAGGGGAAGGUUCUCACCAGCCACACCAGUGUGGACCCCGGACAACCAGCAGAGGAAUUUUUUUACCAACGUGUCCUCUUCAGCGUCCCACUGAAAUCAUAUACAGAGGAACAGAACUUGUGUCUGCAGGGAUAUGACCCGAAUCUGGACACCUUCCAAGUGACUACGGUAGAUCUGGAACACGUAGCGAGGCUGCAGGGAUCUGUCCAGGAGAGAGUGAAGACGGCGUCGCCCUCCACUGUGCUACAUGUUGUCAGCUGCGCGGAAGAGUUUCACCAACAGAAGCUGAACCUUCUCUGGAGAUUGCUGGACCCCGGAGCCACGGCAGUCACUCAGAAGCUUUUGAUCUGCGGCCCAGUGAAAGUUCUCCAUUUCCCAUCGCCCAUCAGUGGCCCUCAGUAUUAUCAUCUCCGGAAAUCUCAGAUGCGUGAAGCUUCAGUCAUGAAGUAUGGAGAGAGCGUACAAGGUGACAGCUGGGAUGGAAUCAUCACCUGUCUAACUUCCGCCGCAGUCAGGUUCGAGCUCAUGGCGACACCUCAUCGCAGCCAGGUAACUGUGGACAUAGAGGACUCAAACAUCACCACAAAGGGAACAAAGAGUGGAGCGUUUGUGAUGUAUAACUGCGCGCGCCUGGCCACCAUGUUUAAUAGCUAUGACAGCGCUGUCCACCAAGGCUUGUAUCCCGGCUUCCCGCCGGCUGAAGAAAUCAACUAUUCCAGCCUGAGUGAGGAGGGAGAAUGGCUUCUUCUCUUCAAUUAUAUCAUGAUGUUCCCAGAGGUCCUCAGCCAGUCGGCAGAGAUUUCCCUGACGUCCCCCGGGAUCCGGGUCACAGCUAACACGGAGGCGGUAUGUAAAUUCCUUGUAGGCCUCAGCAUGGACUUCAGCUGCUAUUACAACAGAGUGCACAUUCUAGGGGAGCCGCUGCCUCAUCUCUUCGGCCAGAUGUUUGCCCGCUUGCAUCUGAUGAAAGCCGUCAGGAGUGUUCUGCGUUCUGCGCUAGACACCCUGCAUAUACUUCCACUGACACAGAUAUAACUCCGUCCUGGGGAGGGGUAACAUGUACCGCGACCAUGGGGAACGGGCUGUGUCACUGAGAAGUCUCGCUGGAGGGACUGCAACAAAUCCUGAAUGAGCACUCCCAGAGGCCCCAGGGUGGUCCUGCUGCUACAGCCUUCCUUGGUGAUGACCUCUGGAGGAGCAGUGAUUGAUGAUGCACCAAAGCGCCAGCACCUAGUGAUUACAGGAAGUACCUGGAAGCGGAACUUAAAAUGCAGUAUACAGAUAUUAUCAGGAACAACGGCAUAUUUUGGAUAACACAGACAGAUGUAGCACAUUUAUGAGAGGAAGAAUAUUCCCAUUCACCAGAAUGUUAUACAGAAUGAAUAUAUAUAUAAAUCUAUACACACACAUGAUAUAUACAUGUGUACAGAGACUAUGGGGUAUAUUCAAUUAGGGUCGAAAACUGCCGUCUGUCGAAAAGACGGCAAUUUUCGACUUUUUAAGGUCAAAUAAUGGUUCGACCUAUUCAAUCCCUGCAGUUUUUAUUCCGCAAGUUGUGGAAUUCGACUUGUCGAAUAGUACGUGAAUCGGCGGUAUAGCUGCCGAUUCACGUACUUUUGAGUGAAACGGGGCCAAAUUCGACAGGAUUUGGCCCCGUUUCCGACCAUCUCAGUCCAACAUAAAAAAAUGUCGGACUGAGAUGUGGGACCCAGAGGAGGAGAGGGAGAGGGGAGCCGCGGGGAG